CCGGCCCUCGCUCGCUGAGUCUGAGUCUGAGUCUGAAUCUGAUUCUGAUUCUCGCACAUGAUACAUAGUACAUGAUACACCAUCCUGUACGUAGAGUACCAGGCACAGCACAACACUGCGCUGCACUCCACCAACCCGUAGGUCAGUACUCGCAAGCUCAGUCGGGCAGGCACAACGACCUCGAAAUACCCAGAUUGGCCUCGCUCGUCGCACCUUCUUCGCCAUCAGAGUAAUCUGCCUCGCCCUGGACCUUCCGGUGCAUCACAUCAAUAAUAUCGGAUACACUUCCCCUUCCCCUUUCCUUCACCACACCCAAAAAACAACAAAUUAUCCCGCCAUCUAUUAAUAUUCACAAAGGCAAGCCGGAGCCUCCCUUCCCCCUCUCCUCCUCUUUGCCUUUCCCCUCACGAGUUUCAGCAUUUCGAGUGGGAAGCCGAACGAACCACUCAUUCCGUACGGCAGCAGAUAGCAGUGCGCGACCUCAGACUUUCCUUACGGGGGAUUGCCGCAAAUAAACCUGCGCUAUUUCAUCCACCAAGUCACACCUUACCCUCCCCUCCCAGAUCCACUGAGACUUGGGAUCCGUCCCAUCCAUCACCCCCUCCCCCUCCCAUCCACUUAACUGCGGCCCUCAGCCCAACGCCAACCGCACCACCACUACCCAGUCGAGCCAGUCCAGCCANCCCAGAUCCACUGAGACUUGGGAUCCGUCCCAUCCAUCACCCCCUCCCCCUCCCAUCCACUUAACUGCGGCCCUCAGCCCAACGCCAACCGCACCACCACUACCCAGUCGAGCCAGUCCAGCCAGCCUGUUUCCUUCGCCCCAACUCCAUCCCCUUCUUCCUUCUUACAACUUCACCACCGCGUCGACAUUCUCCCAUCCGUAACAAUCCGAACCAUCGUGGUCUUGAGAGAUCGCUAUUAUAGUCGGCGAGCCUUCCCAGUCCAUCACCAACACACGGGCUCUCGCCAACACACCACUCAUCCCCGUGUGCCGCCGCUGCCCGCCACUUUCCUCGAAAUCUAGUUAAUCACGACCACACUCGAUCGGACGUACAAGAAGUCAGCAUAAUUUGGAAGGAGUCGGCUGAAGCAAAACUGCAACUUCGCAACUUCGAUCUCAGGAUCCGUGGGUGCGGGGUUGUUCACGAUGGAUCAGAUGGAUUACACCAUGGAAGACACCCACGCAGGCCGUCAGCCAAAUACUACCCCUCAAUGCCAAUACCAGCCCAAUUUGAAUGUGUCUCCCCCUCGUGAGAACCCCCACUACGAUCCAGUCCACGAUUCAACUUCAUGGCCUCCAAAUAAUUCCUCCUCCCAUGCUCAGUCUCGAUCAUCUUUUGGGCAGCCACCCACCUUUUCACAGUGGGAAACAGGAGGACAAUAUGCUCCGCUCCACAGUUGGCAGAAUCAUAAUGAGUUGCACCAAACUCCACAAGCCAACUCCUGGGAAAUGAACAGCGAGAGAUUUCACAAUGGCCCGAUGGGUGGAAUGAUGAACUCGCCUUGGAACGAAUUACGACCUUUCGACUCGCCCAUGACUUUUGGCUACCCACCAUACCAUGCAGCCUCGUCCUCAAACAACAAUAACAACACUGCUAGUAACACUGCUGCGUCAAAUCAAAGCAAUGGAGGGACUUCUUCGCGAACACCCUCAGCACUAGCUCCAACUUUCAAUCCACUCCAACCAUUAUCCGUUCGCGAGACCGCCCAGCAAAUUCUCCAGCAUGAACUCAGUCGUUCGAGACCAGCGAGAACGGAAACCUCAACUCCGUCGUCCUCGCAUGCUAGCUCUCAGACCAGCCGGACUACCCAUUUUUUGGCAACCGAGGAAUUAAUGCGCAGCAGCCGUCAACCUGAACAUAGACCUGGUAAGCAUCUUACCCUCAACCCCCAUUUUGGAUGCUAAUCAUAAUUGAAGCCUACAUUCGAGCCAACCGAACCAGAAGUGAGAGAUGGGGUGAAACACCUGCAAGACCGCUUGGUUGGGAUCCUUCUGAUGACGAAGACGAGGGAGAACUCGAGGCAGAGGCUCGUCGCCAAGAUGCCGAAAUUUAUCUUGCGGCGGGUCGUGCAGAAGCUGAUCGUGCCAUGGCAGCCUUGCGUGGUGCGGCUGCUGUGGCUAAGAGAAUACCUUCCAAGGCAGCCAUAGCCUCGCUCGAGACCCUCAAGGCAGAAGAUCUCAAGCCUGCUGACAAGAGUAAGUAUACCCAGGCACCACAUCAAAGACUGCUUGUUCAUUUUUAACGAAUCACAGCUUGCAUUAUAUGUUACAAUGAAUUUGGGAUAGCCAAUCCAGAAGGACUAACUGAGGUUCCCCUUCGCUUGCCAAAAGUAUGCAACUUCUCCUUCCGUCAUUUCUUUGGUUCUAGCGGUGAAAAGAAUCAUUCAUCCUCUUAUUUCGAGUCGAAUUUCUGGCACUAACAGGUGAUAGUGUAAACACAUAUUUGGUGACUUGUGCAUCAAGAAAUGGUUCGAAGAUUCGGAUAGUUGUCCGUAUUGCCGCGACAAACUGCCAGCCGAACUUUCAUUUAGCAAGGCCAUGGCUUCGCAAACUGCCAGAGCGCACCGAGCUCAUUUCAUGCAACAUGCCUCUUUUCGCACGACCAGAGGUCUUCCUCCUCGCUAUCAGCAGUAUAGCGAGGAAAUGUCAGCAAGGUAGGAGUCCGCAAUUUUACACCGUCUCUUAGAAAAAUGACACUAACCGCUUUCCAGACAGUCCGCAGGCAGCUUGAUGCCUCGUCCAGCAGAAGAGCCCGAUUUUGCGAUGAAUCGAGCGUACCAAGCAUACGAAAGUGCUACGAAUAGAGCAUCCCAAGCAGAUUUCGCCGAAACUAGACGACGCCAGCAGUCUCGAGGACGAAAUGGGAACAGCAGAGCACCUCACACCUUACGCCCAAUGUCCGUUGGUUCCUCGCGAUUCCUCACGCUCUCCAUGAACCACCCAAACAGCCAACAGCGUAACCAGACUCAAGGUCACAGCUCAUCGGCAACCAUCCCUGCUACGAGCAAUCCCCAAAGAGCAUCUGCUGCGCUUGUUAUGGCCCGACAAACUAGUGCCAGCGAGGUUCUCGCCACCAGUACAGCAACCACUCCACCGCGAAACCGACCAUCGAGCAGUUUCUCAUCUCCCACCGAGGAACCUUCGCCUCCUAUCGCAAUGGGAUCAGGCGAAAGUACGAGAUCCCAUCGAACUCGUGACAUGAGCGGAAGAGACUCUUUGGGCAUGGUUGACGAUGGAUGGAUUAUGGGAAAUCUAGCGACUGGCGAGCCACGAAGUUCUUCACCAGGAACUUCCUCAUCACCUCCCAGAACUUUCACGGCAGCUAAUUUUACCUUCCAACAGCCACAGUUUGGUGAAUAUAAUAACGGUUUAUCCCGCUCAGAUUCCUCCACCUCGACCUCGCAAGCAAGAUGGUCGCAGUAA